AUGCGUUCUCCUAUGCCCGUCCGACUGCUCGCCUUGGUUUAUGUAGUUGACGUGUUGAAGGUCUCCCGAGGAGCAACUCUCAAGCUCGAUGUGAAGUACGAAGAUAUACCUCAACAGGGCUUCGGAUUGUAUCACACUCUGGUCUACGAGCAUGGCCAGAAACUACAUGCUCACGUUGACACUGGAUCGGGUUUCACUUUCUUCAUCUGGAAAGAUUGGUACGAGAAAACCACUGGACACUCCUGCAGUACUUGGCCCAUGGGGUGUUACUACUGCUCGGAGCCUUGCUCUGUGGGUAAAGUGACGAGAACUCUCACUUUCGAGGACAAAUACAUGGUGAACAUUUUUCAGCACAAAUCGAGAUUAACCAUGGGUCAGGUGUCGGAGAUCCUCACUUUCGGGCUGAUAUUCGCCCAGAAACCUCCCGCAAGUGAAGUUCCUCCGACUAACUCGAUGGGUCUUGGCUAUGAUAAAGGUGAUGUGAACUUCCCGUCUCUGAUGACGCAGUUGCAAGCAUCAAAAGCUAUAACGACCGGGAUCAUUGCUCUCUACUUGUAUCCUCCCGCUGAUCCCAAGGAGGCUUCCGCUGAUGGAGGCCUACUCCUGGGUGGAGGCGAUGCUGCAUUAUAUGAGGGAGAAUUGAGGUAUGUCGACUUCUCUACGGACAAAUCUUAUACGGUGAAUAUUGGCAAGGUACAAGUCGGUGAUGGACAAAUAACUUCUGGAAUCAAUAUGAACCUUGAUCUUGACACCGGCGCCGACUAUCUAUACGUUCCAACGUCAUACUACGACAAUCUUAUCAAGGAUAUUAAAGAUCAAACUGACAAGGCUGCGGGUACGCAUGUUGACUUCAAGUUCUAUCCAGAAAAGAAGUUAUGGUACUUCCCUUGCCAAUAUAUGAGCAGGUUGCCAUUUUUGAGGUUUGGCUUGGGUCCUAAAGGCACAUUUCCAUUCUCGAUGGCUUACGUGAACUAUGCCAGGAAUCAAUAUGGCACCUGUAUACUCAUUAUCGCGGAAAACGAAAGGAAUGAUUGGAGUUUGCCCGAUCGUAUGCUAAUCAGUAAUUAUCUUGAGUUCGACCCUAUCCAUAAACGAGUCGGGAUCGCCAAGUUGAAACCGCGAUCUCGAUAA